AUGGCGGCGGGAGCGAAGCAACAACAGGCGCAGCCGCAGCUGCUGUUCGUCGAUGGUUCCUUCCAGGAGCUGGCCCGCGAGAUGGCCGAGUACCUCCACAUCGCCGACGAGAUUAAGCCCCUUGUCGAGAACGAGGCCAAGAAGGAGGAGGUCCUGAGCAAGCUGGUGGCUAAGUCGGCGGCGCUGUCUUCGGUGCCCGAGAAGGAGUUCACGGCCGCCUCGAACCUGAUGGUCCACCUCGUCCUGCAGUCCGAGGAGCCCAAGAAGCACCUGCCCACCCUGUGCAGCGCCUUCAGCAAGCCCAUCGCCUCGAGCCCCGUCAACGGCGUCGGCCUGAGCCUCAACGCCCUCAGCACCGUCUUCAACCUCAUCGCGCCCGAGAACCCGAUCCGCUUCAACGUCUUCAUGGCCAUCCUGCGCUUCCUCAAGUCUCACGCCAUGUACGAUGCCGUCCAGCCCUACCUGAAGCACCUCCCCAGCUGGUUCGAGGAGUGGGCCACCGGCGAGGAGUUUCAGAGACAGAUGUACGAGGAGAUUGCCGAGGUUGCCAAGGAAGCUGGCAAGGAAGAGGAAAGCUACGAGUACAUUCUCAAGGCCCUGCGCACCUUUGACGCCGAUGACAAGGAGGAGAUUGGCUCCGAGGACGCCCAGAGGCUAUCCCUCCGCGCGGUCCGCGACGCCCUCCUGUCCAACACACACUACCUCUUCACGGACAUCCGCAGCAUACCCUCGGUCCAGAACCUCUCCGAAACCCACCCCAUCUACUCCCAGCUCCUCGACGUCUUCGCCGAGCAGGACCUCGAGGACUACAACGACUUCAACGACGAGCACUCUGGCUUCGUCGAGAAGGAGGACCUCGACCACGACAAGCUCCACCGCAAGAUCCGCCUCCUGACCUUCGCCUCCCUCGCCGCCCAGACGACCUCGCGCCGCAUCGAGUACGCCGCCGUCGCAAAGGCCCUCCAGGUCCCCGCCGAGGAGGUCGAGAUGUGGGCCAUUGACGUGAUCCGCGCCGGCCUCGUCGAGGGCAAGCUCUCCCAGCAGGACCAGGUCUUCCUCGUCCAUAAGGUCACCUACCGCGUCUUUGGCACGCGGCAAUGGCAGGAGCUCGCCACCCGUCUUGACUCGUGGAAGGGCACGUUCACGAACCUGCACGACGUCAUCCGCAAGGAGCAGGCCAACGCCAAGGCGCAGAAGGAGCGCGAGGCGCAGGAGGCGGAGCGCAAGCAGCAGGGCGGCGGCGAGGGCGGUCGCGAGGGCGGCCGUCAGCAGAGGGGCCAGGGACGUCGCGAUAACAACCAGCAGCGCGAGCCCAGAGAGCCAAGGGAACCCCGUGAGCCUAGGGAGCCCAGAGAGCCGCGCGAGCCCAAGGAGCGGACGGAGGAUGACGACUAA